AGAUAUAUAUAUUUAUCAGCCAAAUAGCAUUAAAAAUCAAAUUCAUAUGAUAAAUAUAGAGAUUGAUAGUGAAGACGACAAAGUAGAUGAUAAAGAUACGCAGUCAUCAAUAAAUGGCAAUGGUUCUGAAUUCCGUCAAAAUUUGGAACUAAAUUACGAUGAUGAAAUAGAUAGAUUUUCCGAGAAUCUAAUAUCAUCAGAAUCUGACUUCAAAUGCACAUCAAAUAAAUCUCUUUCUACUAAGAAAAAUCAAAAUAGUAGUGAUAAUUCCCAUGCUAUUCAAGCAAACUCUUAUGAUAUCAUUCCAACAUUCACAGCACCACAUUCUACUAGCAUAAAUAUAAUGGCCGCAACUUCAUGUAUGAGAUGGAUAUUUACUGGAGGAAAUGAUGGAUAUAUCAGAAAAUUUGACUUUUUUUCUAGUAUGAACGGAAAAAUACCUCUUACUGUUGCUCAAAGACAUCCUUUUGUAGAUUCAGUAGUAAAUGCAGGUGUUUUAUUAUCUUACUGGGAAAAUAAUGACUCUCAAAAUUCACCAAGAUCUAUAUCAACAAAUUCAUAUCAUAAACUAUCACCAGUAUAUUGUUUAGCAGUUAAUAAACAGGCUUUAUGGAUGCUUUCUGGAAUUGAUACAGGUGUCAUUAAUUUACAAAGCGUAAGACAUGAUGAAGGAAGAAUUCUAGCAACUAUGAAAAAACAUAUAUCUCCUGUUUCUGUUCUAGAACUUUCGUCUUGUGAAACAAAAGUUUUAAGUGGAGGAUGGGAUAAAAAUGUAUAUGAAUGGGAUCUUAAUACAGGCACAGUUUCUCGAUCUUAUGAUAAUCAUACAGGUCAAAUAUCUACUAUUGCAUACAGACCAAUAUUUCCAAUUACAAUUACAUCAACAUCAAAUUGCAUAAAAAAUGAACCCAAAAUUAACAUGAAAUCAGAAUUAAAUGAAACAAACGAUUUGUUAGAAGGCUUUUUUGACUCAAUAUUUGAUAAUGAAAGAAUGGAAGAGAAAAAUAUAUCUAAUUUAAACAAUGAAUCGAUUCAAAAUAAGAAUGAAUUUAUUGUUUCUGGAAUUGAUGGAAGUAUAACUAUAUGGGAUGUACGACAAUUAAAACAUAUUGCCAAGUUAGGAAUACCUAAUGGCACUCCACCAUGGUGUAUGAAUGCAUGCUGGUCAGUUGAUGGAAAAUAUAUAUAUGCUGGAAGAAGAAAUGGAACAGUGGAUGAAUUUUCAAUAUACUCUGCUCUAGAUAAACCAUUACGCUCUAUUAAACUUCCUUUAAAUUCUGGCCCUGUAUCUGCAGUUCAUUCAAUGCCUAAUGGGAAACAUCUUAUUUGUGCAUCUUAUGACAAUAUUAGAAUGUACGAUUUAAACGGAUCAUCUAAAAUACCUUUUUUAAUAAUACCAGGCCAUUAUGGUGGUGUUAUAUCAUCAAUUUAUAUUGAUAAUACAUGCAAAUAUAUGCUUACAUCAAGUGGAAAUCGUGGUUGGGAUGGUAAUUAUACAGAAACCCUCUUAGGAUAUGAAAUAGAGUACUUGUAAUGGACGUUUAAUAUAUAUAAAAUUAUUAUAAAAUACUAAAUAUUUA